AUGACGACAAGCAAGCUGAUUCCUCAGUUUCAGCACUUGAUCAGUCAACUCAGAGGCUUGGAUAUUGCCUACUUAAGUCUGGGUAACCCCAGAUGGGAGACAGAUGCUUCUUCCGAAGGCAAAGACCCGGUAGAAGAUAGUUCUGUUUUCAUUAAAUCAUGGGGCUCAUCCCGCCCAAUUCCUUUGUCGGGUGGCUACACUGCUUCCUCUGCUCAACGAGCUGUUGAUGUGGACUAUCCCGGUUACCAGAUUGCGCCUACUUUUGGCCGUUUUUUCAUUUCGACUCCGGAUCUUCCUUUUCGAAUCAAAGCAGGAUUGUCGUUGCAACAAUAUCACCACGACACAUUCUACACCCCAGGCUCGAAAAGGGGAUACGUGGAUUAUCCUUUCAGUGAGGAGUUUCUAGCUCAAUGUGAGAUCCAGGCUACGGUGAUUUGA